ACCCUCGACUCGUAUAUUUGUACAACAUUUGUGCAUUUUUGCUCUGUGCUUUCGCAUCGAUAUAAACGGUUUUGUACGUUUCAACAUUUAAUUAAAUUUUAUGAGGUAUGGCUAACUACAACAAUCCAAAUGAUUACUCUUGGCAGGGCCAAAAUAAUAGCCAAAAUUACUCUUUCAAUACCUCUAAUGCAUUUGGUGAUCAAGCUCAAACAUUGGAUUUUCAGAGUUUUCCAACGGACCACCAAGAUUUCUCAUUUGACCAAACAGGACAAAAUGCAUAUCCUCCAAACAACAACCAAUACUACAACCCAAAUAUGUUUCAACCUGCACCAAUACCCGGGGAGCCAGCAACAGAAACUACCGAUUUCGAUGAGCCACCUCUGCUUGAUGAGCUAGAAAUAUAUCCCGACAGGAUAUUAGAGAAAACUUUGGCUGUCAUGAAUCCAUUCCAUGGUCAAUCAAAAGCUGAUGAUGCCAAUUUCUUGUUAAGAGACACAGAUAUUGCUGGCCCUAUAACAUUUUGUUUGGCAUUGGCUGUGUGUUUAUUUUUAUCAGGAAAUAAAGCUCAUUUUGGUUAUGUUUACGGUCUCUCUGUAAUGUCAGUUAUAUUGAUGUAUUCUUUGCUUUCACUAAUGAGCCGUACGGAGGGUGUGUUCACAGUACUAAGUGUUGCCAGUGUGCUGGGUUACUGUAUGUUACCUAUGGUUGUGCUGGCAGGGUUGGGUAUAUUCAUUUCCUUGGAAGGAACAAUAGGGCUCACCUUAUCAGGUGUGGCCGUAAUUUGGUCAGCCUUAUCUGCAAGCAGAUUAUUUGUAACCAUGUCCGGAGAUGCUGAGCAGAGGCCACUGAUAGCAUAUCCUUGUGCUUUAGUUAAUGGUGUAUUUGCUUUAUUAGUACUGUUUUAAUUUACUGCAUAAACUUACUAGGUACUUCAUUUUGUUACUGACUUAUAAAGAAUAUUUUGUCUAAAAGCCAAAUAAUCCUGGUAGAUGAUUUAUAUUUUUAACUACUAACUAAUGACCAGUACAGAAUGAGUUACAUGAAAUAGUGAUACCGCACUGUAUGGACAGGGACACCAGUUCAGAAAACAGGACAGUUUACUCUUGUACUAUAAUCAUGUUCAGGUAACAUGAUUGACAGUUACAUGUGUUUGUUAGUACAUAUUAUGGUAAUCCAAUUAUUUUAAUCAUUGUUACUCAUUAGUGGUAGUAAACACAUAGAUUUUGUUUUUCAAAUAUUCCUAACGAAGACCAGCAUCUUAUUUACACUUAGGAGGCUGACAAUCAUUAUUGUUAACAAACUUUGUAAAGCUAUUGAUUUUUACUUGUAAAUAAUUAAUAAAUUUCCUACAUUUA